CUGCAGAGCAAUAUCUUCGCCAGCCUCGAUGAGACCCUGCUGGCGCGGGCCGAGGCUCUGGCCGCCGUCGACAUCGCCGUCUCGCAGGGCAAGAGCCACCCGUUCAAGCCCGACGCCACGUACCACACCAUGAACAGCGUGCCCUGCACCUCCACCUCCACCGUGCCCCUGGCGCACCACCACCACCAUCACCACCACCACCACCAGGCGCUGGAGCCCGGCGACCUCCUGGACCACAUCACCUCGCCCUCCCUCGCGCUCAUGCCCGGCGGAGGCGGCGGCGGA